GUCACAGUGACGCACUCCUACCAAACCACCAUGUUCCCCCUCACAUCAUCUUCCUGGGCAGACCCACCCGUGUUCUCAUCCGGCAGUGCUGACGACAAUGCUCGCAAUUCAGUCCUGAAUUCCCUGAUCGCAAGUGGGCAUGCCACCCCGCAGGGCAUUGCAGAGGUCCAAGACUUCUUACGGCUUUGUCCUCCCAGUCGCCUGUCGGAGAUCCAGGACUUGUUCGAUGGCAUGAAGCACGAUUUGGAUUCUGAUAUUCCCCACAUUGUCCACCGUGACCCUCCCCGUGGCGUCGAACUUUACUACUACGACAUUCCCGAUACCGAAAUCCGCAUCCUUUACCACAAAAUGCUCCUUCCCCACACCACCACUUAUGCAAACAUCGCCUUCCAGUGGCAGUUCUACAUCCGUUCGAGCACGUCUCAGGACCUGGACCACAUACCUGUCGUCGAGCUGGAAGGUUCCUUUGAUGGCGAGUGGGACGAAAUCGUGUUGUUUCUUGCGCCUCCCUCUGGUGUACUUCGUAUCAACAAGCAGCACGUAGUCCGCAUGCCGAACAAUCCCACGCUGCCCUCCAUCCCUCUCAGACGUCUGUACUCGUAGAAUUCGGGCAGUAAAAAAUCAUUUGUUUCCACUGCUGUUACUUCAUCCAGUUGUGAAAUCGCCGAAAGAAUCACUCAAUGCGCGGCGCCGAUAGCUGGGCUCUGGGGGUCAUCUUCAUCGCAUUGCCGACAAGCAGUUGGCUGUGGAGAGUCCCAGUCAACAGCGACCGUCGAUUUGUCACAUACCGAUCGGACCCCGCCAAUCUUCUUCGCCGGAUGCUGAACCCGACUCCUACAUUCAGUUGCCUGCUCAACCGCAUCUUCCAUCCCGACCAGAGACGCAGACCGGGCCUCGAGCAGCUGCGCACGGAUGUCCUGGCGAUGGAUCGGUUCCUCGUUGGGUCGUCAUCUAGACAACGCGUGUCCAAACCGCACUCCCGUUCUCCACAUUCUUCACCGAGGAUUGGCGCAAUCGUAUACAAGCCGAACCCCUUGCACGCCGUGGCUGCUGCUGCUGCUGCUGCAGUCCCCCCACCAGUGGUCAGCGAGCAGCCUUCCCGCUGGGAAAGUCCAAUCAUGCGUCCGACUCGACAUCCGAGACAUCAGUCAGCUCCCGUCGCUCUACAGAGUCGCUGCUUGCGUAGACGAGAAGGCUGAAGAAGCCGGUUCUCCUGUCGGGUUUCAGCAAGUCUGGGGACUCUUGCUCGCUCAGCAUCAUGUUGUGUCUCAUUUGAGUGUCUUGGCACAAUGCAUGAGUCGAAUACCAUUGUCCUAUGCUAAAUUCUGCAGGCGACGAUCACGGCGUCAGGACACAUACUGUAUCAGGCGAAGGCGUCAAACGUGCUGCUAGUGGUCAAGAACUGCGGUAGGAUGUGUCCGUCGUGCAGAUCGAGUUCGUUCGGUAGACCUCGCGAUGAUGCCAUGAAGCC